AUGGCUGCUGCCGUGGAAAAGCAGCCCCUGGACGCGCGACAGGAGAAGCAGCCACCACCAUCAGCGCAUCCGUCAGAAAAACCUCAAGGUGUUGUCGAAUCCAAACCAGGUCCUCCAGGUCCUGCAGGCCCUCCAGGUGGCCCCGGUGGUGGAAAACCCUUUGGACCUGGCAUGGGUCCUGCCGUCGAGUAUCCCACAGGUCCCAAACUCUACUCGAUCAUCAUCUCCCUUUAUCUUGCUGGCUUUCUCACCGCGCUGGAUCGCACCAUCAUCGUAAACGCCAUUCCCCAUAUCACGAACGAGUUCGACUCUAUCAACGAUGUCGGCUGGUACGGUAGCGCAUAUCUCCUGACGUUUUGCGCGUUUCAGCUGCUUUUUGGCAAGAUCUACUCGUUCUACAAUCCAAAAUGGGUGUUUUUGACCGCCGUGGUCAUCUUCGAAAUCGGGUCUGCUAUCUGCGGUGCCGCGCCCAAUUCGACAGUCCUCAUCGUUGGUCGCGCAAUCGCCGGCCUGGGAUCGUCGGGGAUCUUUGGUGGCAGUGUAAUCAUCACCUUCUUCACCGUCCCAUUGCACAUGCGACCCAUCUACUCGGGCAUUGUCAGCGUCAUCUUCGCCAUCGCAUCCGUCACAGGUCCCCUGAUUGGUGGUGGCUUCACCGAACAUGUUACCUGGCGCUGGUGCUUCUACAUCAACCUGCCCAUUGGCGCAGUGACUAUAGUGGUACUCAUCCUGGUGCUCCAGAUGCCGCCUGCGCGCAAGGCAGGCACCCCGGUACGCGAGCAGUUUCUGCAGAUGGAUCCCCUGGGAAAUCUAUGCCUGAUCCCUGGCGUGGUGUGCCUGCUACUGGCGCUGCAAUGGGGAGGGGCGACCUAUGCCUGGAAUAAUGGACGCAUUAUCGCGCUUUUAGUUCUGGCAGGAGUAUUGCUGCUCGCCUUUGUUGGGAUUCAGAUCUGGCUUCAGGAGAAAGCCACCAUUCCUCCCCGGAUCAUCAAACAGCGCAGCAUCGCAGCCGGAGUUGUCUUCACUCUCAUGGUCACUGCGGCGAUGAUGACGUUCACCUACUACCUGCCAAUUUGGUUUCAGGCCAUCAAGUCCGCGUCGCCAGUCCACUCGGGUGUCAUGAUGUUACCCACCGUCAUCUCAUCGGCGGUCGCCAGUCUCAUAGCUGGUUUCCUGAUCAAUCGACUCGGCUACUACACGCCAUUCAUGAUUGGCGGAUCAGUGCUUAUGUCUCUUGGGGCCGGUCUGCUCACAACAUUCACCCCCAACAUUAGCGAAGGCAAAUGGAUCGGCUACCAGAUCCUCUGGGCGGUUGGAUGCGGAAUGAGCAUCCAACAAGCCUCUUUGGCCGCUCAAGCCGUCCUCGCUCGCCCAGAUGCUCCCAUCGGUAUCUCCUUGAUUUUCUUCGCGCAAUCCUUGGGUGGUUCGGUGUUCCUGUCUGUGGACCAGGCCAUAUACAGCAACAAACUGUCUGCCAACCUGGGUGAUAUCGCCAACGUGACCGACAGCGGAGUGACGAGUAUCCAAGAUCGCGUGAGCCCCCAGGACCUGCCACGAUUUUUGAGCGGAUACAAUGGCGCGGUAAUGGACGUGUUUCGCGUCGCUUUGGCGGCGUCCUGCGCGUGUGUUGUGGCGUCUGCUCUUAUGGAGUGGAAGAGCGUAAAGGCUCAGAAAGGAGGCCCAGGAGGACCUGGUGGCCCUGGUGGCCCUGGUGGCCCUGGAUCAGGGCAACCCGGAAUGGGUCCUGGGAAGGGACCGUCAACUGCCAAUGGCGCAACAACCAUGAAGCCGAACGGUGAUGCUAGCACUCAGGUUUAG